AUGGAAACAAUCAAUCCAAGUAAAAGAACCAGAGAGGAGUUUGAACAAGAAGAUCAAUUCCAAGCACCUCCUCCAGUUGCAGGAUAUGAUGAAAAUUUUGAAGCCAAAAGACAACAUAUUGACCCAACCCAAGAAUUAAUUACAAAUGUAUGUAAAGAUAUUCGAAGAUUAGGAGAAAACCCCAACAUCAGUAAUCAAGUUGAUGAUGUUUCCUAUAUUUCAAAUCCUAUUGUUGCUGAAUUUGAAAAGAUUGACGAAUUGAGAUCAUCGAUUUUAUCAACCAUAUAUGCUUUAAUUGUGGAACAACCACAUAAGAUCAAUGCAGUGGCUAAUUUGGUUAUGAUAUGUAAUGCUAAGAACUUCGUGGUUGGAAAAUAUGUGGUUGAAUUCUUGCAUGCUAAAGUUCAAGGAUUGUUGGAUUCUGUGAAUGAAGAUGCAGAUGUUGUUAUUGGUGAGAAAAAGCUUGUACAAGUUGAAGAUGCCGGUGCUUUCAAUAAUAUUAAAUCGAUAUUGAAAUUCUUUAGUGCUUUAUCACCUAUGAUUGAAAAUUAUGCUAUUGUUAACAUUUUUAAACAAUUCUUACAAUUGGCCAUUGAUUUACAAAAUGAACAACCAGAUGUUAGAAAUGGUAUUGCUCAAGAGAUCUUUUAUAAUGUAUUAAUCUCAGUUCCUUAUUUACUAAGUAAUGAUAAAUCAGAAGAAGUCAUUGCCAAGUUGGAUGAAUUAGUCGAAUUGGCUAAAACCUUUAAGAUUGUUGAACCUCAAUCGACUGCAUUAUUACAACCAUUUGAUUCAAGAAUGGGUAAUAUUGAAUUACCAUAUGUUCCCAAAACAUUGAUUGAUUUGAUAUUACCUUCUCUUUUGACAUUACAAGAAAGCAAAUGGGAUAUAACUUUGUUUAUCGAUUAUAAACAAUAUUUGGAUCCAAUUAUUGAAGAAGCUCUUAAGAACAAUCCAAUUUCAAACGAAUUAGUUAAACAUCCAUUACCACAAUUCUCAUUCCCAUCUCAAGAAACAUUAUCCAAAUAUUCCCCUUCAAAAACUUCAAUUGAUAAUUUAUGGAAAGAAAAUUCCCGUAUUUUGUUCCAAGUUUAUAAUCACAACACCGAAUUUGAAACCGUCCCCAAGAUCGACACCUAUAUUGGAUUAUUCUUCAAAGAUAUUUCAUUUGACAUCUUGACCAAUCUUUCUUUCAAUAAGAAUGAAGCGGCAAUUCAAUUAUCAAUCCUUGAUUUAUUUUAUAGCAAAGAACUUUUCGCCCCACCAGGAUCUUCAAUUGAUCAAUUAACCCAGAUUGAUCAAGACAACAAACUGGGAGAAAAUAUUCCUCCAUUAUCUACUUGGAAAAUUGAAGAUGUGGCUGUGGAAAGUAUCUUAACUAUGAUUUUCCAAUUACCUCAUACACUUCAUCCCGAGAUUUAUUAUUAUACUGUUUUGAUUGCAUGUUGUCGAGAAUCACCAGAAUCUAUUGCACCAGUAUUUGGAAGAGCUAUUAGAUUUUUCUAUAAUAAUUUAGAAACGUUAGAUUAUGAACUUAAGAUUAGAUAUUUGGAUUGGAUGACUACCCAAAUCUCGAAUUUUGAAUUUAGUUGGAAAUGGGAUGAAUGGGUGAAACAUUCUCAAGAAUUACUGGAAUUGAAAUAUCAUCCAAGAAAGAAUUUCAUUAAGAAUUUGAUUGCAAAAGAGAUUAGAUUAUCUAAUAAGAAUAGAAUUAAAGAAAGUUUUAUAACUAUGGGGGAGGAAGAAGAAAUGAUUCAAUUGGAUGAAUUUAAUCAAUAUUUGGAUAUUUCGAUCGUUCCUACCAAUUCCAAACAAUUUAUAUUGGAAUAUGAUUCAGAAUUAUAUGGAUCAAAACAAGAGAUUAAAGAGACUUUACAGAAAUUAUAUGACGAAAAGGCAACCAUGCUUGCUAGUAAGCAAAAUUUAACUGCUCAAGAUGAAAUUAUUUAUAAUUUUGCCAAUCCUGAAUUACCAUUCCAUGAAAUCUCAUCAAAAGUAUAUGAUUUUAUCGUGGCUCAUUGGAAAUCAAAUACUGAAUUUCAAGAAUUGUAUAAUGAGAUCUUAUCUACUCUUAAGCAGAGUAAUGGAGAAGAAGCAGAAGAAGAAGAAAAGUCAUCUAUUAAUGCUGAACAAUUUUUGAUCAAUUUAGUGUGUCAAACAUAUGCAUAUAUCGGAUCCAGAUCUAUUUAUUCCGUGGUUAGUAUCAUAAGUCGAGACAUUAACAAAUUGAAAUUCCUUAGUGGUAAAACUAUUAAAUAUGCUAAUGAUGAACCUAAAUUUGAUGAAAUUGAGCUUAAUGAAGAACAAAAAUCUCAAAGACAAUCAUGGAUAAUUAAUUCAAUAUUUAGGAUUUGGAUUCAUCAACCACAAGUUGUUUUCUUAAUUUUAGAAUAUUUAAUUGAAUUUGAAAUUAUUGAUGCUAAAUAUUUAUUAACGAAAGUUAUGGAAGAUAAUUUAAUUAUUGAUAAUGUUUCAUGUAUGGAAUCGAUUAAUAGAGUAUUACAAAAUACUUCAAAAGAUUCACUUAAAGAAUUGAUUACGUUAUUAUUUGGAUCAAUUAUUGAGAAAUUGAAUGAAUUGAGUCAAGAAAACCAGGAUUCACCAGUAAAGAUUGAUGAACUUACAGAAGAUAAUUCCAAAGAAGUGGAUAAUCAAUGGUUAUUCUAUGAAUAUAAGGGAUUAUUAAAAUCAUAUUUCAGAAAGUUUAUUAAGAAUGAAAAUGUUGAUUAUUUGGAAGAAUUAAAAGAAAUCUUUAAUAAAGUUAACAAUAUUCCAACUAGAGAUGAUAUCUUAACUUGGUUUAAUUAA